ACCGAAAAAAUGAUUAGUCGCAGACUCGCACAACGUCCAAACUCGGCCUCUUCUACGUUCCGUCACCACCUCCUCCUCCGCCACUCAUCCUCCUCCGCGCAAGACACGAAGAAGAAGAGACGAGAAGAGAAGAGAAAACUAAUAGAAAAUGGAGAGUAGUGGCCUGUUAGGUGGUCUGCAACCAAAUUACCUUCUUUGCUCUUCCCGUAACGCUUCAUCUCUCCUUCCAUUUCCUUCUUCCUUUGACCGCUUGCUCCAAUUCUCUCCUUCUCCUGCAUCCGUUUCUCUCAAGCUGCUAAAGCAGAGUCUUUCUGCCCUGCAUUCUGUUUCCCCUUUCAAGCGUGGCGCUAUAUUAUCUGAUACUUACAGCAGUGAAACUAAUGAAUUAGCUGAUAUAGACUGGGACAGCCUUGGGUUUGCAUAUGUUCCCACUGAUUAUAUGUAUAUCAUGAAAUGCACUAGAGAUGGAAACUUUUCUACUGGUGAAUUGCAACGAUUUGGGAAUAUUGAGUUGAGCCCCUCAGCGGGAGUCUUAAAUUAUGGCCAGGGAUUAUUUGAAGGCUUGAAGGCUUACAGGAAAGGAGAUGGUAAUAUUCUCUUGUUUCGUCCUGAAGAAAAUGCACUUCGAAUGAAAGUAGGUGCAGAAAGGAUGUGCAUGCCAUCGCCAACAGUUGAACAGUUUGUGGACGCUGUAAAGGCAACUGUUUUAGCUAACAAACGUUGGGUUCCUCCUCCAGGUAAAGGUUCCUUGUAUAUCAGGCCAUUGCUGAUGGGAAGUGGAGCUGUUCUUGGACUUGCACCUGCUCCCGAGUACACCUUUCUAAUUUACGUUUCACCUGUUGGAAACUAUUUUAGGGAAGGUGUUGCACCAAUCAAUCUAGUUAUUGAGCAUGAACUGCAUCGAGCAUCUCCUGGUGGUACUGGUGGUGUUAAGACUAUAGGGAACUAUGCUGCAGUUCUCAAGGCACAAUCUGCUGCAAAAGCCAAAGGAUAUUCCGAUGUGCUAUAUCUUGAUUGUGUUCAUAAAAAAUAUCUGGAGGAGGUUUCAUCUUGCAAUAUUUUUAUUGUAAAGGAUAAUGUUAUCUCCACUCCUGCAAUAAAAGGGACAAUUCUACCUGGCAUUACAAGGAAGAGUAUAAUUGAUGUUGCUCGAAGCGAAGGAUUCCAGGUUGAAGAACGACUCGUGGCAGUGGAUGAAUUGCUUGAAGCUGAUGAAGUCUUUUGUACUGGAACAGCUGUGGUUGUGUCACCCGUCGGCAGCAUCACUUACAAGGGUAGAAGGGUGUCUUAUGUAGAAGGCGGCUUCGGUGCUGUCUCGCAACAACUGUAUACAGUGCUUACCAGACUUCAAAUGGGUUUGAUAGAGGACAAAAUGGACUGGACCGUGGAGCUGAAUUAGGCAAAUUCAAGUAAUUGAAUUCUUAUUUUUGUGAUUUUUACGUUGGUAGAGAUUGCGCAAACUCGUAACUAUCUUGUGGCAGUUUAAAGGCGUUCACUUGGUGGGUUCUCUUUUCUGUUGAUGUGUAGAUCGUAAAUGUCAGAUUGUAUUUGAUGUUUUUAGUGCCUUUUGAACUAUGGCUAUGCUAAAAGAUUAAAAAAAUAAUACUAAAUUAGUUAAAAGUCUGAGGAACUAAAAAUGUCAUUUUGAUUCCUAUUCCAAAAUUAACAAUAAUCCUCCGUCUACAAUCAUGAUCUAAAUCAACAGAUAUCUUAGACUUCUUUGAAACAUU